AUGUCCUCGUCGACGACCAACGACAAGCUAACCACCCUGCGCGCUGCACUCACGAACACCGCCCUCUUCUGCACCGGAACAGCGCCUCUCGCAUCCCAUUCUCGAGCGUUGUUCUAUCGAGACUUAGAGGGUACCGGAGCCAAGUACGUUCUGGGUCAUUGUUGCUGUUCCACUCAGCGAGCUGACGACGGUAGUUGGCUAGACUUGGCAGAUGUUAGUCACCUGCAGCUUGAGAUGCUUGUGAAAGCGUGUGAUGAGUGUGGGACGAUGGAGAGAACAAGGUUCUCGCCGUCGUUUGAUGUGCAUGCUACGGAUAUCUUGGAAUACAUUCGGACGAACCUCUUCUGUGACGAUGAGGAGAGGGGGAGGGUGAAGGUAGAGCUGCAGCAGUUGGAUGUACACGGCCCGACAUCGUGUUCUGAACCCUCCAGAAUUACGAUACGCGACAAAAACGUCCUCGCGACACUCAUCGUCGUGUUUCCCACACUGUAUGUAGGGGGUUCCCUUCACCUCCGUCGUGGAGCCGAGGAAUGGACGUUCGAUUCUGCAGCGGCUAUAUGCGCGUCAACAACCCCAUCAAUAGCAUAUAUCGCUUUCACGAACGACCUGGAGCCUGAGCUUGCGCCCAUCCAAUUAGGGCACCGCGUCUCGCUGACGUACCACCUCUCCCUAACCCCCGAACACUCCUCACCAACUCAUCCCCUCUCAACUCCAAACCUCGAAGAAACAGCCCUCCAAACAGCCCUUCAAACCCUCCUUGACGACGCGACAUUCAUGCCCCACGGCGGCCUGCUAGGAUUCGGCCUCCAGCACCACUACACCAUAACACCCGGAACACCCAACCUCCGCGGCCUCCUCUCCUCCCUGCAGGGCACCGACGCGCUAAUCCACCGUACCUGCCACACCCACCUCUCCAUAAAAACCACACUAAAAGCAGUGUUUUCGGCACAACGCCGGUUCAGCGGGUACAAAUACAACGUCCUCCUAUCCGCGCCCCGAUCAUUCGAGGGUACGUACCUAGAAAACGGGCUGAAAGACGUAUUGGUCCGGCUGGGCGGGAAGGUGAUAAGGGAUUAUGGGACGGAGGAGUUGGAGGAGAGGUUUAAGUGGAUGGAGAAGGGUGAUAAAGGGCGAAGGGUGGAUUCGACGGAGGUGUUGUGGGUGAGGCCUUUGACGAGCCGUGCGCGAUUUUCGAGCCCGUAUUUGAUGGAGGGUGUGGGGGGUGCCGGUGAGGGAGGGAGUGGGGUUGGGUUGGGGUAUGCGAGGGGUGAUGUGUGUUUGGUUGUUAGGGUUGGGCCGCCGGGGGCGAGGGGGACUGUAAGGGAGGAGAGGGAAAAGGAAAAGGAAAGGGUGGUGGUGGGGCUGGAGGAGGAGGAGAAAUGGCCGAUUGGGGAGAAGGUUGCGUUGACGGGAUGA